CAACGGUACAAAAACAUAAAACACAAACACAAACAAGACCAAUUCAACGUUAAAUUAUUGACUCAAAACAAAACAACAACAAAAAAGACAUAAAGAAGAAUCGAAUAAAAAAAUGUCUUGCUCCGUCGCAGUUUCGAAUUCGCCGGUGUUUUCUCCGUCAUCGUCUCUCUUCUGUUCAAAAUCAUCAAUCAUAUCUACUUCUUCAGAAACUCUAACUUUGUCUCUCUCUCAUCUUAAACCGAGUAACUCUUCAACCACGUCUUCUUCACCUUCUUCUCCUUCUCCCUCUUCUCCGUUUUGUCUUAGGUUACCGAAAUUACCCUCGACGGUUUUCGCAUCCUCUGCUUCUGCUUCCAACUCUACGUCUCCGAACGGUACCGUUUUGAAGAGGAAGCGACCGACGAGGCUUGAUAUACCUGUGUGUGUUUCUUCUGUUGGGUUUGGAGUUCCGGCGACGCCUUCUGCGGUGGCGCGUGAUGUUGUGGAGAAUGAAGAAGAUGGUUAUUCUAUUUAUUGUAAGAGAGGGAGGAGGGAGUAUAUGGAGGAUCGUUAUACUGCUGGGGAUAAUCUACGCGGAGAAUCCAAAUUGGCUUUUUUCGGCGUAUUUGAUGGGCAUGGAGGUGCAAAAGCUGCUGAAUUUGCAGCAUGUAACUUAGAAAAGAAUGUCUUGGAUGAGGUUAUCAUGAGCGACGAAGAUGAUGUUGAGGAGGCAGUGAAGCGCGGUUACCUCAACACUGAUUCUGAGUUCAUGAAAGAAGAUCUCCAUGGUGGCUCUUGCUGUGUAACAGCAUUGAUUAGGAAUGGUAACUUAGUUGUGUCCAAUGCUGGUGAUUGCCGUGCUGUCAUUAGUCGAGGAGGAGUUGCGGAGGCCCUAACAUCUGAUCACCGACCUUCGAGGGAAGAUGAAAGGGACAGAAUUGAGACACUGGGUGGUUAUGUUGAUUUAUGUCGCGGUGUUUGGAGGAUUCAGGGAUCUCUUGCUGUAUCUAGAGCAAUAGGAGAUCGACACCUUAAACAAUGGGUGACAGCAGAGCCCGAGACUAAAGUUAUCAGAAUUGAACCUGAACAUGACUUGUUAAUAUUAGCUUCAGAUGGAUUAUGGGAUAAGGUUAGUAAUCAGGAAGCAGUAGACAUUGCUCGUCAAUUUUGCGUAGGAAACAACAAACAACAACCAUUGCUAGCAUGUAAAAAGCUUGCAGAAUUAUCUGUUUCAAGAGGCUCUUUGGAUGAUACAAGUGUUAUGCUAAUCAAAUUGAAACACUAUACUUAAAAAGUUUCAUUAGUAGAAGAGAAGAGAAGAAGGUGACAACUGAUGAUCAUAGAGAGUAGAUUAUUCUUUUCUGUAUAUAUUAAUUAUUAAUUUUAUCUGACUACAUUUAUUGGUAAUUUUUUUGUACCCGUAGAUGGGGAGUAGAGAUGAUUUAACAUGGCAAUAUUUAGCAAAUUUUUUACUAGGAUAUUUAUGUAACUUCAUAGAUUAUUAUUUUGAUAAUAAUUCAUUUAUUUAUUUUUUAUA